AUGAAUGCAUCAUUAAAUAACCCGGAAACUACCGUGUACGUUGGGAACAUUGAUCCGAAAGUUACCAAGGAACAACUAUAUGAAUUGUUUAUUCAAGUCAGCCCCAUCUCCAAAUUAAGAUAUCCAAAGGAUAAAAUACUACAAAUGCAUCAAGGAUAUGCAUUCAUUGAAUUUUAUACGGCGAAAGAUGUUCAAUAUGUUAUUCAAGUGAUGAAUAAUACAGUUGCAUUAUAUGAUCGGUUUUUAAAAGUAAGACAAUCUGUACAAAAUCCCACUAGUAGUAUGGGAGGAGCAAAUACGUCUGAAAAUUCAAAUCAAAGUAUCGUAUUACCCAUUGCCAAGUUAUUUGUUAAGAAUUUAGAUGAAAGCAUUGAAAAUCCACAACUAAUAAAAUUAUUUCAAAAAUUUGGUCCUUUAUUUAAGGAUCCAGAGAUUUUUUUUCUUUCUAAUGGGAAAUUAAGAUGUGCUUAUAUUUAUUUUAAAUUUUAUGAAAAUUCUGACAUGGCUAUUGCUAAACUAAACAAUGAAUUGAUAGUAAAUAAAAGAAUUAAUGUCGAUUAUGCAUUUAAGGAAAAUACUAGUAAUAAAAAUGCUAAAUAUGGAGAUGAUGUGGAUAGGCUACUAAACAGGGAAGCCAAGAAAAAUGGAAUGAUCAAAUAG